AUGGCGGCGGAGUGGUGGUGGCCGUCGCUGGCGGCGUGGCUGGGCACCGAGGCCGCGUGGUUCCUUGUCCUAAACGCGGUCUUCGGCGCAAUCUCCGUGCUGUCCUCGCGGGCGCGUCCAACGGCGUCGCCACGCAGUGGCGGCGGGGUCACGCGCAGGGCCUCGUCGGUGUUGCUGCAGCGCCUCCGCUCCCUUUCGAUCUUCUCCUACCCCUCCGCAUGCUUCGACACCCCGACCUUGCUGCAGCCCGUUGACGCCCACACCGCCGCCCAAGCAACAGAGGAGCCGGUGACACAACCGAGGAUGGCCAUGCCGUCGCCGCGCGAGCUCGUGCCCACAUCACAGCCAGCGCCGGCAGCAGAGGAGGAGGAGGAGGAGGACCCGAGCGCGAUGAGCAUGGAGGAUGCCUAUGCUCUGGUCCUGGCCUCACGGCGGCCGCCAGAGCCGGAGAGGCGGUCCGACGUGGAUGCCAAGGCGGAGGAGAUCAAGGAGAACCAGCGGCAGCAGCGGCUCAACUCCAUCUUCAACUAUACCCAGAUGCUCAAGCAGCGGGCGCUCGGUGCUGGCCGCCGCCAGCCGGAUGUCCGGCCACAUCAGCUUUGA